AGUAAUGGCUCCUGCACACAGGAUGCGGUAAUGCUUGCCGCGUUCUAUGUGCAGGAGCCAUAACGUCACUUCAGCUAGAAAGAACGCACCAGUGUGCACUUCUUGAACUAAUGCAAGAAGUUCAGCUGGAAAGAACAAACCUCUUAUAUUUUGAGAAGAGCGAUAUUUUCGAUGGGCAAAAAGAGAAAUUUUCAACCACCACCGGUAAUGCCAGGGCGAGUAAAAGUGGAGAUAAAAGAUGAAAUUGGAGACAGCGAUGUACUUGUAGCAAGAGAUCGUUUAAAAGGUGCUCUUCGUGAAUUAUUACAACAUAGUGAUACAGGUUCCUCAGCAGAAUCGAGUGAAGAAAGUCCUGCUCCCGAUUAUAAGCAACAAAUCAAAAGAACUACUAAAGUCAUGAAUUUUCCUCAACCACGGAAGAUUAGACGUCGUCGUCAAAUACAAGUUGAUACAUCAUUUCAUCAUACGUAUGUGAUGAAAUUAUUUGAUCGCAGUGUUGAUUUAGCUCAAUUUCAAGAAGAUACACCACUUUAUCCCAUAUGUCGCGCUUGGAUGGCUAAUCAACCAAGGAACCCUAACUUGGUUCCUAAAGUACGCAGCCCGAGCCCAGAAAUAGUGAAUGAAGUUAACAUGGGGAAUAAUUUGCUCGAUGCAAAUGGAGAAUUAAAUGAUAUCCAUUAUUUGCCACCACCUUUGCCUUGUGAAGAGGCUAUACCAAAAAACCGUAUUCCAUCUCCUGUACUACUUAGAGAGAAGGAUGAACUGAACUUAGAUUAUGACGGACACACUCUCAAAUCGCGAGAGACAUUAAUGAAAGAACAUACUGCACGAUGGAAUGUUAUUCGCAAAAAGUGGCAUCAUCAAGCACAUAAGAAUGAGCUACGUUUUAUAGAAAGCGCAAAUAUACUGAGCACCAUUUUUAAAAAGGCACAAUCAGAGUUUGAAUAACCGAGACGAAAGAGCAGCGAUCCAACACUGCCAAUUUUUUCGUCAUUGAUAGUUUUUAUUAUGUCAUCAAGGAGUAAUUUCUUAUUUAUUAUUUUUCUACACGUUUGCUUAUCGGGGUGAAUGUAUGAAUGCAAGGGAUGAUUAUAUACGUGUUAUGUGUGUAUAUAUAUAUAUAUAUGUCAAUUUUUUUUUUUAAUUUAUAAUAGGUAAAAAUGUAAUCAUGUUUUUUAAUCAACGUUUCUCCCGAUAACAAAUAAUUAUUACAACUCUUGUAGAUUUUCUUUUUUUCAUUAAUAAAACAUGCAAAUAAAGAAAUGAUUAAUUAUUUUCUCAAAACAGAUAGUAUUUCAGUAAAACUAUAAAAGAAACAUAUGUUUAUGUAUAAUAUAUGUGUGUGUGUGUGUGUGUUUAUAUAUAUAUAUGUAUGUAUGUAUGUAUAUAUAUACACUUUUAUUAGAAUGCGACAUUUCAUAAGAAUUUUAGAAUAACCAAAUUUAUCGGUUUUCCAAAAAGUGAUCAUAAUUCUCACACAAUAUCACGUUUGAUGGAGAAAAUUGAUGACAUAUAAUAAUAAUUUUCCAAUAGCAUAUAUGAACAGAACAACGUAUAAAAAUAAGAUUUACUUAUUCGAUAUCGAAUAAUUAACAAUAUAUAAUAUUAUAUAACACAUGCUAAUCUUAUAUCCUUAUAAUUUAUAUUAUUUUAAAUUUCGGAAGAGAUUGAACACUUAAAAGUGCUUAUAGAUUAUAUAUAAUCCAUAAUAUUUCAUACAGAAUGAUUUCAUUAUAAAUACGAAAACGGAUUCCGUUGAAAAUGUGUUUAGUUUGAUUUAUAAAGAGAUAUUAUGAUUAUUUGCCUGCAUUAUUUAAUUGCAACUAUUAAUGUAUGCAUUUUUAAAAAUUUAUAGAAACUAAAGCCGAGGAGGAAGGAUAAAACGAAUAAUUCUUGAAGGCUUGAGAAUUACACGCUUUUUAUUCUAGAUUCUAGAUAUUAACAGUCGCGUAACUUACAUUAUUUACUUUCAUUUAAUAGGAUUCUCACACAAACACUGUUUGAUUGUUUGUCGAUUGUAAACGCAUUUCUUUUAAAGAGCAAUUGUAAUUUUCAAGACUUCUUUUACAUACUUGCUGCGAUGUCUACGUUAUUGAAGAAUUUUGUCUCAUAUAAAAUGUAACUAAGAAAUAAAUAACAUAAUUUAAA